UAUCAUUUAAUUAUAUUUUAAAAAUUAUUUAAAAAAUGUUUGCUGUUAAAUGUAUAUUUAUAGUUUUAAUUUCAACAAUCAGUAUUAAAAUUUGUCAAUCUGCCGAUAACAAUGCUGAUACAAUACUCCAAGUUCAUGUCACUUUUCGUCAUGGUGAUCGCACAAUAGAGGAUCCCGGAGAAGGAUAUCCAAAUGAUCCACAUCGUAGCGUUGAUUUGUAUCCUGUUACUCAAGGACAAUUGACAAAUCGCGGCAAACAACGAGCUUAUAAACUGGGUAAAAUGUUACGACAACGCUACAAUGAUUUUUUGGGUGAAUUUUAUGAUGCGGAAAUAGUGCAAACAGUUUCUACUGAUUUUGAUCGCACAAAAAUGACUGCUCAAUUAGUAUUGGCUGGAUUAUUCCCACCAAAUUCAGUUCAACAAUGGGACGAGGAUUUAUUAUGGCAACCAAUACCAGUCAAUUUUUUACGAUUGCAUGAAGAUUAUUGGCUUGUAGAUCCUACUUCAUAUUGUCCAAAAUAUAUUGAAAUUCGUAAUAAAUUUAUUAAUGAAAUCGAUUCGGAAGUUUUGAAAGAAAAUGAAAAUUUAGUUAAAUAUAUUGAAGAAAAUUCUGGAAAAGAAUUAAAUAAAUUGAGAGAGAUAUUUGAUUUGAGACAAACAUUUCUUGUCGAGGAACAUUUGAAUUUAACUUUGCCAAAGUGGGUACAAAGAGUUUACCCAGAACCAAUUAGUUCAUUGGCUGCCAAAGAAUUAGAAAUGGAAAGUUACACUACACUUCUGAAAAGGUUGAAUGGAGGUAACUGUUUACGAAAGAUGUUAAAAAAUAUUGGAGAAAAACUUGAUGGGACCUUAAAACCAAAAGGACGAAAAAUUUAUUUAUAUUCGGCGCAUGAAACAAAUGUCAUGAAAGUAUUAGGUGUUUUGAAUGUAUGGGAUCAAAAAAUACCAUUAUUUUGUUCAGCAGUUAUUAUUGAAUUAGUUCAUCGUAAUGCAACAAAUGAAAAUGGAAUAAAGGUAUUUUAUUAUAAUCAAAUCGCUGAAGAACCAAUUCUAUUAACAGUGCCAGGAUGUGGUGAUAGUUUUUGUGAAAUUAACAAAUUUAUUGAAGUUACUAAAGAUGUAGUACCUAAAAAUUAUACAUUGGAAUGUAAUUCCAAAAUAGACAUUCAUACGUUCCCUUGGGAAUAAAUAAAUUAUUUAUUAUUUA